GUGUUUCUGCACAGAGAAAGUCGUGAAGAUUUCAGUUGUCGCUUGCGCUUCGUGUUGAUCGGAUCCAUUGGUUUGUGGUGAAAUAGUCGAUUAUCUAGAGUGCAAGGGUGUUUCUACGCUGAAAUGGCUCAGAAAAGCUCAUCAAGUGCAAAUAUGGCUGAUGCAAUGAGAGAGAAUGUGGAAAAACUUCUGGCGAAGCUCUUCAUCGCAGGCACAAUUGAGAACAACUUAUUGCAUAAGAAGGAUCUUCGGAAGGCUGUUGUCGAAUUCGCGGCAGAGAACAAACUCAAGAAUUUUGGGUACAAAAAUGUCCAGAAUGUAAUGUUUAAAGAUAAAUUAACCCAAUACAUGAUACCAUCUGUGUUCUUUAAAUCACCGUUCUUUCGACUUAACACUUGGAAGAUUGAGAAAUUUGUGAAGAAGUAUGUUCAAGAAGAAGAGGGAUUUUCGUACGAUUUGGCGUACUUUGCGACGAUACAGCAAGAGAGGAAUUAUGUUUUGACCGAUGAGAAUAAGACCAAGUGUUUCGAAUGCAAGGAGACAUUCGAAAAUUACCCGAGUUUUCUCGAUCACAUGAAAACUCACGAUAAAGAUUUCGCUGCCGAGAGCUCAAAAUGGAGCAAGCAACUGAUUGAAUUGACGAUGGAGUGCCAAGACAGAUAUGAACAAUUGGUGUUCAACAUAAACUCAAAUAAGAGCGAGGUGAAAAUUUCGAUGCACGAAGUGAUCCUUCUGCAGCCCGACGGGGGAAGUUUCUUCAGCAUUGCAACGUAUGAAGAGGACGAUUGCAUAAAAUUCAGUAUCAAUCGAUGUGUUCUUACUGUUGAGAAUCAACCCUAUUCCAUCAUUCUCAUCAGCGCAGUGAACGGCAAAUUUAGUGUGUGGACGCACUAUCACUUCACGUUGGUAAACAAAGUGGUGGAAGAGGAACCGAUAAAGGUGAAGUGCUCUGUUGCAGCCGUUUUGCCUAAAGGAGUUCCGAGGACAAUCUUGACAAUCUUACCGAGUUACCAUACUCCGCAGGAGAUGAAGUCCUUGACGAAGAAGAUGUCGGACGGAUUGGAAGACAAUGAACUCACAGAACCGGAAAAUACUCUGUUGGAUGGAAUCAAUGACUUAUUGGCGGUUGGCCCAACUAAAGCUAAUUACAAGGCAUUUUGGCAAACACUCGUUGACAUGGAGAAUUGUGAGAAACAAGAGCGAAUCGCCAAAAUGAAUCAAUACGACGUCAAUCUGACUUCGAAGAUAACUCGGCAUGGAAUCUUCUAUUUGCUGGAAAAUAUUCAUAAUGCAGACUCAUCGCAAUUGCCAGAAAAAACAGAAGUGCGUAUAAAACUAUCGAAAAAGAGUUACGGUGAAAUUAACGCGAUGAUGAUUGGCACAGUUCAUCAAGUGCGAAAGAAGGACAUUGUAUUGGACGUUGAGAUUCCCUUCGGAGAUGAGACGCUGUAUGAUGUUUUCUUUUCACCCAAUCGCGUGCCGAGCCAGCUUCAGAAAGAAGCUCUCGAAUAUGUGGACAGACACAUGAUCGCGAAGUUCUUCUUCCCAGACUCGAUUCCGACGCAUCCAAUUGACUUCUCUGGCUUCGAGUGGAUCAACGACAGCGUGAAGGAGAAUCCGGAGCAACAGAGCGCGAUCAUUCACAUGGUGGAGAAGUCGUCCUUCCCGGCGCCUUACAUCCUCAUGGGACCUCCGGGCACCGGAAAGACCACGACCAUCGUCGAGGCUGUUUGCCAGAUCACCCGGAGGAAGCCUGAAGCAAAGAUCCUGAUCGCUACAACGUCAAACAAUGCAACUGACGUUAUCACGUUGCGACUGCUGAAGUAUUUCACUAAGGAGGAAAUCUUGCGUUUUUUCUCCAAAUCAAAAGCUGAAGACAUGAAAACGAUUGAUCCUGAAGUGGUGAGGGCUUCCAACUUGAAAUACACUGGCCAUUAUUAUCCCUCUCGAUUGGAACUGUACAAAUAUCGCGUUGUCCUCACGACUCUUGUAACUGCUGGAAGGCUGGCUCAGAUGAAAAUUGACGUGAAAGGUUUCUCUUAUGUAUUCAUUGACGAGUGUGGAAGUGGCACUGAAGCUUCCACAUUGAUUCCAAUUGCUAGAGUUGUCUCGUCUUUGGGUGAGAUUCAUGCUCAAGUGAUCCUUGCUGGAGAUCCGAAGCAGCUUGGACCAGUUGUGAUGGCAGAAAAAGUGCAGCCUCGUCUCGGAAUUUCCAUGCUUGAGCGCUUGGUCGACUCUGGGAUUUACGCCAAAGAUCCUGAGACGGGAAAAUACAAUCCGCGGGCGAUGACGAAGCUGCUGCGCAAUUACAGAUCGCACCCGAAGAUUCUGGAGUUUCCGAACGAUGCUUUCUACGACGGAGAUUUGAUUGCGGAAGCCGACAAAGAGAUCGCGUUCUGGGCUUGCGAUUGGCAGCUUCUGCCCAAUCCGAAGAUCCCCAUCAUCUUCGAGAAUGUCGAAGGAUUUGCUAAGCGAUUUGCCAAUUUCCCAAGUUUGUUCAAUUUCCGAGAAGUUUCUCGAGUGUUGUUCUACAUCAAAAAAAUUCUGAGCAUGAAAGAAGUUUUUGGGAGAGAAAUCACCCAAAAGAGCAUUGGUGUGAUCUCGCCUUACAAAGCGCAGUGCCGGAAGAUCACUGAAGCAUGCGCCAGGAUGAAUUUGGCAGGCAUUGAGAUUGGAUCAGUGGAGAAAUUCCAGGGCAAUGAAAAGCCUGUAAUUAUAUUUUCCACUGUUCGCUCGAGGACGAAUUCUGUGGGAUUCCUGAACAAUCCCAAGCGUCUCAACGUGGCGUUGACGCGAGCGCAGGCUUUGCUGAUCAUCGUUGGGAAUAUUAGCACUCUCGAGAAGGAUGAAACGUGGAAAGGUUUCACCACCUUUUGUGAGAAUAACAACUUGAUAAAAGAGAUCUCGAAGAAUGCAAUCAAGAAGGCUAAAAACACAGAGACACAGCAAAAACGAUAGACAUUUUGUGCUAAUGUGAAUUGAAAUAAUAAAUAUACAA